UUGCUGUGAGUAAGCUAAGAAUGGUAAUGCAGUUUCAGGGGUUAGAAAAUCCAAUUCAAAGUAGUCCUCGCCACAGACAUGCAUCAUCAGGAUUUAUUAUGGAAAUGAUGAACAUGAAGCCUGAUAAAGGUGUACUAACAGAGCAAGCAGCAGGACCUUUGGGACAGAAUCUAGAAGUAGAGCCAUAUUCACAAUACAGCAAUGUUCCAUUUCCACAAGUUCAGCCACAGAUUUCAUCGUCAUCCUAUUAUUCCAACCUGGGUUUCUAUCCCCAGCAGCCCGAGGAGUGGUAUUCUCCUGGAAUAUAUGAACUCAGGCGAAUGCCAGCGGAGACUCUCUACCAAGGAGAGAUUGAGGUAGCAGAGAUUCCUGUAACCAAAAAGGCCCGAAUGAGUGCAUCCGCAGGGAGAAUAAAAGGGGAUGAAUUAUGUGUUGUUUGCGGAGACAGAGCAUCUGGUUACCAUUAUAAUGCACUGACCUGUGAGGGCUGCAAAGGUUUCUUCAGGAGAAGCAUUACCAAAAAUGCUGUGUACAAGUGUAAAAAUGGGGGCCACUGUGUGAUGGACAUGUACAUGCGAAGAAAGUGCCAAGAAUGUCGCCUAAGGAAAUGCAAAGAGAUGGGAAUGUUGGCUGAAUGUAUGUAUACAGGCUUGUUAACGGAAAUUCAGUGUAAAUCUAAACGACUAAGGAAAAACGUGAAGCAGCAUGCAGAUCAGACCAUUAAUGAAGACAGUGAAGGUCGGGAUUUGCGACAAGUGACCUCGACAACCAAGUCAUGCAGGGAGAAAACUGAACUUACCCCAGAUCAACAGAAUCUUCUGCAUUAUAUUAUGGAUUCAUACAGCAAACAGAGGAUGCCUCAGGAAAUAACAAAUAAAAUUUUGAAAGAAGAAUUCAGUGCAGAAGAAAACUUUCAUUUAACUGAAAUGGCAACUAGUCAUGUACAGAUUCUCGUAGAAUUCACAAAAAAACUACCAGGAUUUCAGACUUUGGACCAUGAAGAUCAAAUUGCUUUGCUGAAGGGGUCUGCAGUUGAAGCUAUGUUCCUGCGUUCAGCUGAGAUUUUUAAUAAGAAACUUCCAGCUGGACAUGCUGACCUAUUGGAAGAAAGAAUUCGGAAGAGUGGUAUCUCUGAUGAAUACAUAACACCUAUGUUUAGUUUUUAUAAAAGCGUUGCAGAAUUGAAAAUGACUCAAGAAGAGUAUGCUCUGCUUACGGCAAUUGUUAUCCUCUCUCCAGACAGACAAUACAUAAAGGACAGAGAAGCAGUAGAGAAGCUCCAGGAACCACUGCUUGAUGUGCUCCAGAAGUUGUGUAAGAUUUAUCAGCCUGAAAAUCCUCAACAUUUUGCCUGUCUCCUGGGCCGUUUGACUGAGCUGCGGACAUUUAAUCAUCACCACGCAGAGAUGCUGAUGUCCUGGAGAGUAAAUGACCACAAGUUUACCCCACUUCUCUGCGAAAUCUGGGAUGUGCAGUGAUGAACACUGCAGGGGCAACAGCAUCUAGCUCUUGAUUUUCCUCAUAAUAUAAAUCUGAUGUACAACUUUCUUUUAUUUCAUUUGUACCUGGUCUCACACAAGAAUUUUGACAAAUAUUUAUGCAGUAAUUACAUAACUUCCACAGUUGUAAAUAUAAAGCUAGGUAGGAUGACUUUCUUUACAUUGUAUUUUAUAAGGCUUCAGGGAAUCUUUCAUUCUAAUUGGCAUGCCCUGUUUGCCUAAUUAAAUUGAUCAUUCUUUACCUCUAUCUGUUGAAAUAGGGAAAAUUUCAUUUUGCUCUUUAUCUUACCUUAUUUGCGUACAUUUUAUCAAAGAGCUGGUUUCAGUUUUGGCAAUAAACUGAACAUAAUGGCAACAGGCUUCUCUUCUGGAACAAAAUUUGAAAAAUAUACAAACUCUUUUCUUUAAAUGGUGAAUCACAUCCUAAUGGGCCUGAUGUGUAUCUGGGAGGUGGGGUGGGGGGUGGGUAAAGGGUAAUUUACAAAAAGAUAAACUCUCACAACACAAAGGGUGUUUUUCUUAUCCCUGGAGAAGUCCUGGUGAAUAUUCAUUUAUUUGUAAUAGCCCUUGGAUUGGUUCAUUUUCUUUGAAGUUCAAGGAGAUAAUAUACAGAAAAAUUAAUGAUUCUCACAUAAAGCAUUUCCUCGAGCAAACCCUUUCACAGGCAGAGUCUUGAAGCAGCAUUUUCAAAUGCAGACGACUCCCUUGAUGGGAUAUUCCCUUUUCUCUCUUAAAAUUAUUCGCUAUUGGCUUCAGUGUUUAUAAUUAAUCUCUCUCUCUCUCUCUCUCUCUUUUUUUUUUUUUUUUGGUUUGUUUUGUUUUUGGAAAACAAACCUACAGCUGGGUGCACAGCUGUUGUAUACUUCCCCCAAAGCAGGAAUUAGUUCAUUUCCUUCAUUCAUUGUUAUACUGUUGCAUUCUUCUCCCCAUUAGUCUUUGGUGAAUACAAUAAAAUACCCUCUGUAUGUAAUGGGCUUGUAUGUUCCCUUCUCCUGGAAUCAGACAAAAUGGAGCUAGCUAAGCAUGCAAAAAGGUUUUUUGUAUUAAAAUAUUAGAGCAACCCUAAAGUCCUAAAUAUAGUAAAAGAGGGAAGAAGGUGGAGCUAACCUUAAUUGUAUUCCAUUUGAUAGGAGAGGAAGACUUGAGUCCUCACUAAUUACAAGAUGCCUAAAGGGACACAGUAACUGCCUGGAUGGGUUUACAAAGAAGUGCAGAGGCAAGUUCUAUGGGGUCACUGGGCAAGUCUCAUGGAGGAGGUGACAUUUCCCCUGGGGCUUGGAAGGGUAUCCAAGACUUGGAUCAGGGUGAGAGGAAAGGGGAUUCAAGGUGAAAGGGAUAGCAGGAGCAAAAGCAGAGGCUGGUGAGUUGUGCAGCUGUUGAAAAAGAACAAGUAAUCUGGAGAGAGACCACCUUUAGCACAAUCCUUCCUGACCCUUAGUUUCACCAGCGUGAGAUGAAGAUACCAGCAACUACCAUCUCUAGGGAUUGAGCUAAUGAAUGAAAAGUGGGAAGUUGCAGGCCCACCAAGGGAGAGGGGUGGUAAAGAAAGGACACUUCAGACGGAGAAAUAAUUUCUGAAUGCCUGUAGGAGGAGAUCUAGUUUGAGGACCUGAAUGUGGGUCGGUGUUGCCCAGAUUAUAAGGCAUCUGUAGGGAAAGUGAUGAGAAUUGAGUUGGAACUGAGGGGGUGCUGUAGACACAGCUAGGAGUUUAUAGUGUAGGUGUGGAUUUACUCACAUAGUGAAGACCUUAUAAUAGUAAAUAAUAUGCUUCUCAUGUGGAAAACUAAUUGUGAUAAAAUUACAAAUAUAUAUACAUAGGCUCUUUGUCUCCAGUUCCUGACACAGAGGUUCUAAAACCUUUGGAAUUUUGUGAUAGGGGUGAAAGGAGCAUCUUUUGUUAUUCAUAACAAGCUCCUUUCAAUGGGCCUGAGUUUAUACUAACAAGUGAUGGGGGUGGGACUAUGGAUGCUUCAGCAUGGGGGUGAUUGCUAGACUAAUCAACCCUGUGAUUAGAGAGCUGGAUCUUUCAGCUCUAUUCCCAGAAUCUGAGGAAAAAAAGAUGAUUCCCAGAGAUUGAGGUCAGUCACCGGUGGCCAAGUAUUUAAUCAAAUAAUGCCUAUGUAAUGGAUCUUCCAUAAAAACACCUAAAUGAUGGGUUUGGAGAACUUCUGGAUUGAUGAACACAUUGAGGUGCUGGGAGGGCAGCGUGCUGGAGAGAGCAUGGAAGCUCAUGUCCUCUCCCCACCCCUCCCCCACCCCCAUACCUUACCUCAUGCCUCUUCCAUUUGGCUAUUACUGAGUUGGACCCUUUAUAAUAAACCAGUAACAAUAAAUAAACUGUUUUCUUGAGUUCUAUGAACCAUACUAGCAAAUUAUCAAAAUUGAGGAGGGGGUCAUUUGUAAAGACCUUAUUUCCAAAUAAGGUCACAUUCUGAGGUUCCAGAUGGACAUGAAUUUUGGGGAUGGGAGACAGUAUUCAAUCUACUACAUAGAUAUAACACUUUACUAUUAAUUACAACUGUUGUUACAAAGUUUUAUAACAUUGACUUACUUAUACUUUAUAUUAAUGUAAAUCUGCAACAUUUCUUUAAAAUAAGCUUAGUAUUGUUUUUAAUGUAGUUGGCUCUCAAUAGAUUAUUAGGUGAAUGAGUAGUUUAGUUAGUUAUGAAUUAAUCAAGCCUUCUGUUGCCCCCAAAUUUUAUCCAAUACUUCAUACAAGGUAUAAUCCAUAGACUGACACUCAGUAAUGUCAAGGCAUUAAAUGCAACAGCAGCGGCAGCCACAAAAUGCAGAACAAAACAACUAAAAAACCCAUCAAAAGCAAAAAAAAAAAUUAAUCAAUCAAGAACUAUUUCUUUUUUUAAUUCCAGUAUACUUAACAUGCAGUGUUAUAUUAGUUUCAGGGGUGCAAUAUAGUGAUUCAACAAUUCUAUAUAUUACUCAGUGCUCCUCCUCAAGAAUAGUAUACUCUUAAACCCCUUCACCUAUUUUACCCAACCCCCCACCCACCUGUCUUCUAGUAACCAUCAGUUUGUUCUCCA